CGGUGGCGACUUGGGAUGGCGGUCGCUGCAGCGAAGGCGGGCCGCCUGUUGUGGCUCCGCGGGGCCGGACCUGAGAGCCGACGGCUUCGCCUCGGCGGCGGGGGGCUGUCACGGGCCUUCCUGCUGCCCUCCACGGCCGGCGCGCGCGGCGGGGACGCGAUCUGGAGGCGGCAGGUGUCCCACUUUACUUUCCAGCCGGACCCGGAGUGCCAGGAGUACGGGCAAACACAGAAAAUGAAUCUUUUCCAGUCAGUAACAAGUGCCUUGGAUAAUUCAUUGGCAAAGGAUCCCACUGCAGUAAUAUUUGGUGAAGAUGUUGCCUUUGGUGGAGUCUUUAGAUGCACUGUUGGCUUGCGAGACAAAUAUGGGAAAGACAGAGUUUUCAAUACCCCACUGUGUGAACAAGGAAUUGUUGGGUUUGGAAUUGGAAUCGCAGUUACUGGUGCUACUGCCAUUGCAGAAAUUCAGUUCGCAGAUUAUAUUUUCCCUGCGUUUGAUCAGAUUGUUAAUGAAGCUGCCAAGUAUCGCUAUAGGUCUGGGGAUCUUUUUAAUUGUGGAAGCCUCACUAUUCGGUCCCCCUGGGGCUGUGUUGGCCAUGGGGCUCUCUAUCAUUCUCAGAGUCCAGAAGCAUUUUUUGCCCACUGUCCAGGAAUCAAGGUAUAA